AAUCGGACCAACCCAUCAAUUUACCACAACAAAUUAGCACAGUUUGUUUCGGGGUUGCCACGCUCGCUUGAAAGCCUGAUCAUUGCACGAUGUGUGGGUGAGUUUGCAUUCAUUUUUGUGCAUGUGGAUGCCGAGAAAGCUCAGGCCGUUCAGGCUCCGUUUCACCCAAAUGCAAGAUAUUAACUCAUUUCUCCAGAAGCAAAGUCAUCAAGGACCAAGAUGUGAGAAGAGCCGCCGGCUAUUUGCAUGGCGAACUGGCAAGAAGGAAGCUCAGCGUUCCACUAUUGAUUCUGGAUCGCUUGCACGAUCCAUUACAACAAGGAGCUCUUCUGUGAAGGACAAGCCAAUUGGCAUGCCGCAAGUAUCACGGGAAACUUUGUGGAUUGACUUCAUUGCCAUGAAGGGCUCCUGGCGAAUCUAUUUCACACUCAGACACUUCGACUCCCUUUUUCAUGGUUGGACCGAGCUGCGCAACCAACUCAUUCAACAAGUCUCAAAGGCCCUGCGUCACAUCCUCGGAUCCCACGCAGUGGACCAGGCGGACCACGACUCGGUCCGACAGGUCCGACAGCCGACGCCGACUGUCACGGUGAAGGCAUUGAAGCUGCACUGUGGAAGUGAUCCAGAAGCUGGAAGAGACGGAGGGGAUACUGCCUCGCACAAUGUCUCGGUCUCAGUCUCCGCAAACUUCGUAGCUGUGAUAGUUGUUGAGGCCCCUGACCUCGAAAGCACUCAGCAUGUAGAGACGCUGCUUAUGGCCUCCACCUUUCCAAAGGACUUUGCUGCAUUGCUUGAGGCUGCCAAUCUUUCGACGGUCGGAAUUCGAAUUCAGAAGGAAGCGCCUGAUGAAAUUGAACUGAGAGGCGGUUUGGGAGAGCCAUUCUUUGUGACUGGGUUGCCCCAGGAUAGCGGAAUGGCACUGGCCGGACUUUGUGAAGGAUACGAGCUCUCAGCAGUGAUUUCAAGAAACGACGAAGCAGCCAGGCGGUCUAGGGGUGGCGAACAGCCAGGCAUUCCUGGUGAAGCUGCGGUGGAAGAUGGGAAGAAGUUAUGGUCUCUAAGGAGUGGAGAGGUCUUAGCUUCAACUCGGCUUCAGCCAAAGCAGCACUCAAUCCGCUUAUGCUUUUUGAGUCCGUUUGCCCGGCUCCCGCGUUUCUCUGAAAAGCAGCUGGCAGAUCGAUUGGGUUUCCGUCAGAUUCGACAGGCUUGCUGUCACCGCCUGGUCUUUGAGUUGAAGUUUGCCUGGCGCCCUUUCAAAGUUUUGAAUGCUGCUGAGCUGCUGAAGUUGCGUGAGUCGACCGAAAGGGAGGUUCUCACCGCAGAUCUGCAGAUAGAUGGACUCCGACUGAAGGCUGGUUGGGUGCUACGUUUCCCCGGAUCAUUGGACUUCCUGUCUGUAGAGCUUGACCCUGCAGAGCUACCCGAGACUUUGGAGGCAGGGCGCCCACGAGAUGUCCAGAAGCUCGGCAUGAGAGAUUUUCAAAGAGCUCUGGGUCGGGCGGGCAUUCAUUGGUUAAAGGAGCCAGAGCAAAUGAUAUUGCUCACGGCAAUCCAGAGAGAACGAGAUGAAUUGAUGAGCUGGGAAGAGGAUUUGGCUGAUGCCUUUGUCAUAGAUUCCCCAGGGAACUUCAAGAGAGUUAGUGGCCUCGGUCUGAGACUACAUCAUGUCUUUCAUGUGACGAGGAAGAUUCAGGAGAUGCUCGAUGCCAAGAGUUCGGCAAAGGCGGGCAUGGUCGAUGUAUCCUUGUCAAGGAGCGAGUUUGCAAAUGCCAUGGAUGCGGGUGGCAUUAAUUGGUUGACACAGCAACAGACCGACAUAAUUUUCAGGUUCAUAGCUGGGGAAGGUGAUGAGGCGGGCUUGACUCUGAACGACUGGAUUGGAAGGUUCGUUUGGGAUACGAUGGAAGCCGCCACAGAAGUAGAGCGGGUCCUGGAGAUCUGGGAAAGACGACUAGCCCAGCGAGCCAAAUUGCUCAGGCGAAUGUCUCGCAGCGACAAGGGGCUGAGACCCAGCAGUCUCAGCUUCUGGGAAUUUCACUGCAUCUUGACUGACAUGGGGGUAAGUUGGUUGACUUUAAGGCAGCAAAAGCUACUUUUUCGCGGCUUGGAUGCAAACCGAGAUGGCCGGAUUGACACCAAAGAGCUGCAGAGUUUGUCGCAGAAGAGGAGUCAGAUCGAGCUGUGGCGGAUGGAGAAGGAAGAGAAGAAAGAGAAGGGUUCAGAUCGUUCAGUGCUUGAAGGAGAUCGAGGAGAAGCUUUCGCCGAUGGUGUGCUGAAAGCGGGAGAGGCGGAAGGCGAUGCUGAAAGACAAGGCGAUGAGGGGCCUACCGUGGAAGGGCCCAACAUGCCACCAGACGACCUUGAAGACCUUGAUGCACGCGUACGCCAUGGAAGUGCUGAAAGUCAAGGAAGCCAAGCUGGAAGCCAAGCUGGAAGCCAAGCUGGAAGCUUGUAUGACGAUGACUUCGAGUGCAGCCCACGCAGUCCCACCAGCCCUGCCAAAGAUGCCGAUGUGGGCGAUUUGGGCCGAUGGCCGAAGCGGCCGAGGUCGGAAUGUGAGGAAGCAUCCAGCCUGACGCCUUCGGAGGCUGAAGCUCCAGACAUCUCAAAUUGAAGAAAUCCUUCGUUAGGGGCCUUGGAGGGCUAAAACAAGCCAUUCUUGGGCUUCCUGAAUGCAAGAGUGAUGCAAGAA